CCUUCGAAGACCGACCUUCAGUACGAGCUUCUCUGGACAACGGACCAAAGGGGUCGUCUUCUCGUGGCAAGUUCAAACCAGUUAAUCAGUUUCCAGUCGGACUCCGGAUGCUCCAGGCGUGAUAGAUCCGGGUCAAGUUAGGUGAAGUGCAGUCGCCAUGGCGGUCAACGAGACGGCUCAGGUCAUCCUGAAGGAGCUCAGUGACAAAUGCAUGCAGGAUCGACAAGCGGGCUUCUACGUGGCCGUGUCCGGGGCCACGUUCUUCGCCGCCCUCAUCAUUGUCUUAGUGCCUCGAAUCCUGUCGGCCCCUUGUGUGGCCCGCAAGCAGAAGAACAUUGACGAAAAGCUUCUCGUGGAGCCGUCCAUGUACAUUAAUGUGCAAAACUGGGCCGGAGAUCUAAUCUCCGGCAACACCACCACGGGAAGGAUCCUCGUGGUGUUCACCUUUGUAUGCUCCAUUGUGGCCAUGGGCCUUUACAUCUACGAUACUCACGAGUUCCUGGAUUUGGAGCGAUGCGUCAACUGGAAAGAUGCCAUCACUCUCCAGAUCGACUUCGCUCUCAGCAUUGUGUUUAUCUUCUACUUUAUCAUUCGCUUCAUCGCAACAGACGACAAGGUCAUGUUCAUGAUUUCAUUGGAAAGUCUCGUCGACUUCUUCACCAUUCCUCCUGUUUAUCUUUCUGUGUACUAUGACCGAGCUUGGUUGGGCCUUCGAUUUCUUCGCGCCCUGAUUUUCAUGAAUCUCCCCGAUGUUUUGGUAUAUGUCCGUGUCAUCAAUUUGUCCAGUGAGAUUCGUCUCACCAAACUCUGCUCCAUCUUCCUUGCCUCUGUCAUGGCUUGUGCGGGAUUGUGUUUUUUCCUUGAGAACUCGGGGGAUCCCUGGAGAAACUACGAAAACAGACACGAUCCCUAUCUUGGAUACGGUGACUGUCUCUACUACAUGUUUAUCACCAUGUCCACGGUUGGCUAUGGUGAUAUAUUUUGUGUCACUGAUUGGGGCCGAAUCUUUAUCAUCUUUUACGUGUGCCAAGCUUUGGUGAUGUUUGCCAAUUUCCUCCCGGAGAUCGUUCAACUUGUAGGGAACAGACCAAGGUUUGCUGGGGAAUACGAGCCGGAUGGUCGGCAAUUCAUUGUUGUGGCCGGAAACGUCAACUACGAAAGUGUGCAGACCUUCUUGGGCGAUUUCUUUCAUCCAGCACGGGAUGACGUGGAUGUGGAGGUCGUGUUUUUGAACAAGCUAGAGCCCGACCUGGAAUUCGAGGGUCUGCUGAAGAGGGAACAUACUCGCGUGCAAUACUUCAAGGGAUCAAUGCUCAAUGCUUAUGACCUUCAGAGAGUACGGUGUAACCAAGCGGCUGCUUGUCUAGUGCUGGCCAAUAAAUUCUCAGAGGAGCCAGAUGUGGAAGACGCCGCCAACAUCAUGCGAGUGAUCAGUCUCAAGAACUAUUGUGAGGACACCAGGGUCAUCAUUCAACUCAUGAUGUACCACAACAAAGGCUACCUACUCAACAUUCCAGGAUGGGAUUGGCGUCGUGAUGAUCAGGCAGUGUGUCUAAAUGAACUGAAGUUGGGCUUCAUCGCCCAAUCUUGUCUGGCUCCCGGUUUCUCCACGUUGGUAUCGAAUUUGGUCAUAAUCAGCUCUCCAGACCUGAAUGAAGUGCUAAGACCGUCAAGCCAUGCAGGAGACGUCCCUAAAUGGAAACGUGAUUACUUUACCGCAUGCAACAAGGUGAUCUUGGCAGAAACCCUCUCACCGACCUUUGUUGGCCUUCAAUUCAAACAGGUGGCUGAGAUCUGUUACACACAACUGAACCUCCUUUUACUCGCCAUUGAGGCCAGGAAAUAUGAAGGAGGCGAGAUUUACAUCAAUCCCAAGGACAAAGUGAUCAACCCAAAUGCAAUCGGUCUUUUCAUGACGGACUCGGCAGAUUCAGCUAAACGGGCUUGGUUUUAUUGCCGGAAAUGUCAUGCAAACAUCAAAUCCGAGACCGAAGUCACCAAAUGCGACUGCAAGCGGACCGCUGUCAGGCAUUUGGAGAAAGGAGGACGAAGUGGCACCAUUCACCGCCGCAAGAACAAGCACAAUAUAGUUGAAGAGAUCCUGGAUUUCGAAGGCGAAGAGACUGCAGAUGGAACAAAGAAGCGGAACAAAUUGCCUAGAACAGCCACAUCAAUCGACGUCGACGGGGUUGAGCAAAGUAAAAUGCAGUACGAUUCCACAGGCAUGUACCAUUGGUGUCCAAGUAGAGGCAUUGAGGAGUGUCUCAUGGACCGCCAAGACGCAGCAAUGACAGUUCUCCAGGACCACGUGAUUGUGGCCGUGUUUGCCAACGACGACAGUCCUCUGAUUGGAUUGCGAAAUCUGGUGAUGCCGUUGCGAGCGUCCAACAUUCAUUUCAACGAAUUGCUCCAGGUUGUGAUUGUUGGGAAUGUGGAUUAUCUCAGAAGAGAAUGGAGGCUGUUGCAGAAUCUCCCCAAGAUCAACGUUCUCAAUGGGUCUCCUCUAAGCAGGGCUGACUUACGGGCCGUGAAAGUUGACAUGUGCCGCAUGUGUGUGAUCCUCUCAGCCAAGAUUCCGUCCAGAAUAGAGCCGGUUCUGGCCGACAAAGAGGUUAUACUCACAGCCUUGAAUGUCAAGGCCAUGACCUUUGUUGAUGAAGACGAUUCCUUGGACGAGUCGGACAAACUGAACCGGAGGAACUCAAUAUUGGGUGACCUAAUGGAAGCCGAGGGGCCUGUUUCCAGAGCCGUGCCCAUUAUCGUGGACCUGGCCUUCUCAACCAAUGUCAGAUUUUUGGAUGAUCAUGAACUUCAUCUAGAUGACGUAGAGCUUUACAAGACCCUACCGUAUGCUGCGGGACAAGCUUUGGCGCGAGGUAUCCUGGAUUCCCUCAUGUCCACAACGUACUUCAAUGCUUCGGCCCUGCGACUGAUCCGUUCUUGGGUGACAGGAGGCGCCACCAUCGAACUGGAGCUGGCUCUAGCUGAGGGGGCGGGUCUAAGGGGUGGCUAUACCACUCCAUCAACAUUGAAGUCCCGGGAUCGCUUCAGAGUGGCUCAAGUGGCUCUACAAGGGAGUGUGUUUAGUAAAAUUGCUGAGGAAGGUUAUCCGUUUGGGGUUUUGUUUGCGGAGGCGUCGUCAAAGUAUGGCAUGCUCUGCAUCGGAAUUUACAGAUUGGUGGUCAAUCCAAGGGCGUCUUUGGAGGCUUGUGAAUCCGAUUCAGAUUCGGAUAGCGAUAUGACACGCGUGAAGAAAAAACGCAGACCAGCUCAAGUCAAAGGUGAGGAUCCUGGAGACACAACCCAUGAUGCUUCCCUCCGGAUUGUGAUAUCAGCGCCAAACAAGAACAUGCCAUUGGAGGUGUCCGAUAUGGCCUUCAUGCUGGUCCAGUAUCAGCUGCCUGUGGAGGAUCUCAGAGCACCUCAAUAGCUGACACCCAACACCAAUUGGAAAACAUCAGACUGUAAAAUACAUCAGAUUAUUGACACAUCUCUUUUUGUGGUCCCUUUUCUCCUCAUUCAACCCAUGAUGUAGACCAACCUGAAAAUCUGGUUGUUUUUCUUUCGCACAAUGAGCCCUCAUUAACCCCACGUGUACUCAGAGUAAUCCCUCCAAUCAAUUUCGCUUUUCCCUAGCCUCAAUAAAGUUAUAUUACGUC